AAAAAAAAAAAAAAAAAGGUUUUGAAACCAUAUUAAAGUUCUUGUUUGUGGUGCAGGGGCCAGGGAGUGACUAAGGACCUAGAGGGUGCGUUCUAUAGAAGUGCAUGGAAAAUUAUGCUUACUCAAGGUGUUCGAUUUCCAGGGAGAUAGAGAGAAACGGAGCUUCGAGAAUUUAUCCAUGAGCAUCCUUUCAUGAUCGAUGAAUUUCCAGGAAAUUUAUUGCCCUCUGCACUUCAAUUAAGCCGGCUAGGAUAUUUUAUAAUCAACUGUAAUGGGUGUGGUGAACAAAUUAAGGGUUCAUGCUUUUGCUGUAAAAAAUGUAGGGUUUUUCUUCAUCUUUCAUGCGCCAAACUACCCCAGGAGUUGCGGCACCCCGUACAUGACAAACACCCUCUAGUUUUUCAUAAAAAGUCAAAGCAUGAUAAGGACAUUUACAAAUGCAACCACUGCAAUUCAGUUUUCCGAGAGUUCUUUUACCAUUGUUUACUCUGCAAAUUCAACUUUGAUAUCAAAUGUGCUUCUACUCUACAAAUCAUUGCAGUUAAAUUUCAUGACCACCCAUUGGCCCUCUUCCAGGGAUCGAUUCCAUUCAUGUGUGAUUUUUGUGGUAAAAAAGGCAGGGGCAUGCCUUGCCUUUGUGCCAUAUGUGGAUUUUGGGUUGACCGCAUUUGUGCUUCCUUACCAAGCAUGUUCGAACAUGUAUGGCACAAUCACCCUCUCAACCUUACCAACUAUCUCAAGCCCUAUCAAUCUGAGCACCAAAUUUGCCAAAUUUGUGUGAAAAAUGUGAACACAAAGUAUGGGAUUUAUUAUUGUUCAAGAUGUGAUUAUGUUGCCCACCUUGAUUGUGCUACAAAAAUGGAAGAUAGGGAGCUAAACUUUGAGUGGAAAUUAGAAGAGGAGUCCGUCGAGCCAACAACCAAAGUGAAAGAGGAAAAAAUUGAAAUACCAAUAGAAAUCAAACAUUUUAGUCAUGAGCAUGACUUAAAGCUCACCAAUGAGCUUGAGAAUUAUGAUGAGCUUGAGAAUCAUGAGAUAUGUGACGGGUGUAUACGACCUAUCUCUCCUCCAUUUUACAAGUGUGCUCAGUGUUCUUUCUUUCUACACAAAUCUUGUGUGGAAUUACCCAAUAAAAAGAUACACCCACUUCAUCGACACCCACUCCAUUUUACAAGUGUGCUCAGUGUUCUUUCUUGCCUUGUGUGAUGCAUGUGGUUUUUUAACUAAUGGCUUUACCUAUAAGUGCAGCAUAUGCAACUAUGGACUUGAUGUCUCAUGCAAUUUGGUCCCAAACACACUUACUCAUGUCGGUCACAAGCACCCCUUCAUCCUCUAUAGUACAACAUCGGCUGAGAAGUGUAGUGCUUGUAAUUAUUAUACAAUGAAAAUAUUUUGUUGUACUGAAUGUGACUUUACUUUAGAUUUUGGAUGUGCUACACUACCACCUACUAUAAAGUACAGACAAUAUGAGCAUCUUUUUACCCUGCCCAAUACCAUUGAAGAUGA